AUGGAUUCUCCCCGCGGGGGUUCUCCUCGCGCCGCUGAUUUCGAUCACGAGCCCCGAGACUCAAGCUCGCUGGAGAUCGAUUCGAAACCGAAACAGCUUCCGGAUGAUUUGCCCAAGUCUUUGGACGACCGUCGCUCGUUUCCGGGGUUGCAGCCUGAAACGGAGAUGUACGAUGCCUGGCAAGGCCAAUCCCAGUUUCUUACCCCGGUUGCCGCGAAGCCUCUCAGCUUUAGCCUCGCUCUAGACGACCAUCCGCUCGACGACGAGCACUCGUUACACUCACAGUACGGCCGCAGCUUCGGGGCGUCUACCGACGAUGACAAUGAGUCGACUACCACGGCCAGACUGGAGGAUAGCGACGCCCGGCUGAUGGAGAUGCUUGCUGCGCAAGCCGCCCACCGCGAGGUGGACUCAAUAAACGCGGACGAAGAAACAAUAGCCUCGGACGAAACGUUGACGGACGAGCGGAAAAGGGAUAUAUUACAACGGAGCUUGAACAUGGCUGCUAGUAACGGUGAUGUCGAACGUGUUCGGAAACUAGUGCAAGGGAAAGCAAAGGACUACGUCGACGUGAAUAAGCCGGAUGAGGAAGGCACGGUGCCGUUGAUAUAUGCAAGUUGCUUUGGGCACCAAGAUGUUGUUGCGGCGCUCCUUGACGCAGGAGCGAAUGUUGACCAGCAAGACCGGAAUCGAUGGAGUGCCUUGAUGUGGGCUAUGACCAAUCGACACAAGACUAUUGCAAAGAUUCUACUUGACCACGGGGCGUCGCCGGAUAUCAAGUCCUCUUCAGGAGGCACUGCGUUCGAUUUCGCUCAACCAGGGAGUGAGAUAUCCGAAUACCUUCACGAGAACGGUUAUAGUUUUGGACCGAGUGCCAUAGAGGACGAUUUCUACGACUCAGGGUUUGCGCACGGCCGAUUCGAGGAGGAGAUAGCAGAGAACGAAUUGAAGCGGCGCAUGAUGAUGGAGGAGAGUGCGAUCAAUCUGGAAGUUGACUUGUCCAGUCUGGGACUGGAUGAGAAGUUCGAUUCACAGGACGAAGACGAGCUCGAGGAAGAACACCAAGAAUUCGUCUGGGACCGAUGUUUGAAUGACCAAAUGUUCGUCUUCCAAGAACACGAGCUUGAAAGGAUCCUCAAUAUCAUCAUCACCAAUAUGACCCCACAAAGGUCACCCUCACAAAAGCCGGUCCCCGCCAACCUACUCUUCCUCAGCGCUCGAUAUGCGCACUAUCAUGCGAGUCCAGAGCUACUCGCAACGCUGCUAGUUUCGGCAACUGACAAGAUCAACGACGUUGUUGAGCGUUAUCAAUGGGACAUGACGAUCCUCGCCUUCUGGAUCUCGAACGCUACCCUCCUCCUUCAUUAUCUCAAGAAAGACGCAGGGUUGGUUGAGUCGACUGUGGAGUUUCAGUUGCAUUUGGCCGAACUCAUCAACGAGAUUUUCAUCCUUAUCAUCCGUGACGCCGAACGUCGGAUGAACAAGGUGCUGGACUCGGCAAUGCUGGACCACGAAACCAUUCCGGGACUCGACGACAUCCCAUUCCAGAACGAGUGGAAGCUGUUCCGCUCCAAGAACAAACCCAAGGUUCCAGAGCCCGCUGAGAACCAAUUCCGACCACCUUCCCCCCGGCGUCGAGCGCAAGUAUCGCCGCGCAACAUCACGUCUCUCCUAUCAUCCACACUCUUCGUUCUCGAUCUCUAUGACGUACACUCCGUCAUCACCACACAGAUUCUCUCGCAGCUCUACUACUGGUUAGGAGCGGAACUUUUCAACCGGAUUCUAUCCACCAAACGGUACCUGGCCCGAACAAAGGCGAUGCAGAUUCGCAUGAACGUAUCGACACUGGAGGAUUGGGCCCGGACCAACAACCGGCAGCCGGAGCACUAUGAAAACGGAUCCACGUCGUGCACCGGGGAUAGCACGAUGGAGUCUGCCCGUAAGCAUCUGGCACCGGUGAUUCAGCUUUUGCAGUGGCUGCAGUGCUUUUCCUCGCUAGGAGAUGACUGGGAAUCCUUCAUCAACACGCUCCUUCAGCUACAAGACCUGACGCCAGCGCAGCUCCUACAUGCGGUCAAAUCAUAUCGUCCUGAAGUGGGAGAAAAGGGUCUAAACAAGCCUGCGUCGAAGUUUCUGGUAGAGUAUCAGCGAGACCCUGAGUUGAUAUUCAGAGAGCAAUUAAGGAUCGUACAAGCGAAAGCAGAUUCGCUGGCCCCAACCUCGGCACAGACCGUGGAAGGGCGCCCGCAAACCCCUCGCCAGGAUCGCACCCCUUCCGUGUCCGAAGUGACGGGCUCACCAACCACCUCUGCGGCGUCUGUUACAUCACCUGGCUCGAGCGUUGCUUCUCCGCGACCGGGAGCAUCGUCCUCUCGGAUCGACGAGCGGAACGGCGCAAACACGGUGUUUCUGGACCCGGCCCUGACGCUCCCCUUCUCAUUACCGACGAGCACAGACAUGCUGAUCAGCUAUGGGGCAGGAUGGGGCGGAACCAACCGAGAGCGUGCGCGCAAGUACAUCCCAACAGUGCCGCCAGAGGUAUUGACUCGAUUCGAUCGCGACGGUUGA